AUGCCAUCGGCUCGACUGACCCUCCGCGAGGAGGAUGUCGUCCGAUUGGCCUUGGAGUUCUUGUACAAUCGUGAAUUACACAUUUCCCAGCUGAGUUUGGAACGCGAAACUGGCGUUAUCAAUGGCAAUUAUUCUGACGACGUCCUCUUCCUUCGGCAGCUCAUCCUAGAUGGCCAAUGGGACGACGUUCUUGAGUUCAUCCAGCCACUGGAGGCUCUCAAGACCUUCAACAUGAAGCGGUUUUGCUAUACGAUAUUGAAGCACAAGUAUAUCGAAUUGUUAUGCAUCAAAUCGGAAGCUAAUAUCCAAGGAAACUCCGUCGACAACGCCGUCGAAGAAGUCGUAAGGGUAUUGAACGAUCUAGAAAAAUAUUCGGCAUCGAAAGAAGAAUACUCCACAUUGUGUCUGUUACUCACCCUCCCAAGACUCACAGACCAUCUACACUAUAAAGACUGGAACCCGAGCAACGCGCGCGUUCAAUGCUUUCGGGAAAUUUUUCCACUAGUUUCGGAAUUUCUGCCCGGUGACAGGCGAGCCGUUGACGGGAAUUCCAACUGUACCGCCAAAAAUGACAGACUGAUCCAAUUGAUAAUUAAAGGUAUUUUAUACGAAUCUUGUGUGAACUACUGCCAAGCUAAAGCUACGGGCGGCUCGGACGUCGCGUCGCACGAUAUGAACUUCAGCAAACUAUUAGACGGUAGUGUCGGUUUUAGUGACUCGGACUUAAGUUUACUCUCUUGGCUGCAAAGUGUACCGCCCGAGACGUUUUCCGUGCCCUUCGAGCAGCGCACCCUUAACGUAGACGUAGAAAAACUGGAACGACCAAGCUUGGAAACAUCGUGGACCGAGCACAUGCUAGUGACACCCAUCAAACCGAAAACGUUCCCGCAUUCCGCGAUGCCGUUCACCAGACCGCGAUCCGCGGCAGACAUGAUGACCAGAUCUCUGAUGCCCGUGUUGGAUGGGUUACCAUAUGGUUUGGCGCAAGGCAGCAACCAAAAUUUGAACGCCAGAUUAAUGACGCUUAGUACCGGUGAUAUUGGAUUGACAAACGGACAAAUGUCGAAAAGUAGUUUUGCGAGCUUUCAUUUGACAGGGUUAAAAAACAACAAAAACAUGAACACAUCGGUGGACCGACUAUUUGAGAAUGAAAACGACGUUUUCCUUAGUAAUAGUUAUAUGGACUUCCAGCAACACAUGCCACCUAUACAAGAACUGACUAGCACGCCAAAAAAUGCCAAUAGCAUAUUGAGUCAACCGCCGAAAUCGAAUUCCUGCACUCUAGAACCCAAAGACAGAGAACAUUCCGCUGCAUUGGGAACAGAAAUAAGCCUGCAAGGUGAUUACAUCACGAGCAGGAUACCCACAAAUCUGAAUUUCACCUCGGGCACUUCCGAAAUCAAAGGAAUGACCGCGAUGGCCGAUACUACGAACUACUCGGGUGAACUAGUUAGGGAGUAUCAUAAGUCGAAACAGAAAUUGCAGGAAGCGCUAGCGUCGCGAGAAAAGGAGAGGAACGAUUUAAUUAGACAAAUAAACGGAGAGAACAAUAGGUACAACGAAGAAAGUAAAUCCAGUUCUAACCCAAAUGUAAAUGGAAAUGUUGGAAUCAGGACUCCAACGCAGUCUCCUACUCCUAGAAAUUUGAAUGGAGCUGGUUCUAUCUCUCCUAGCUUAAGGGGUUCUGGGGAAGGAAGUUCAAGGCUUUCUGGACAAGAUCAGCAUGCUCUUCCCAUUGGUACGCCAAAGGGAGAAGCUGAACACAGCGUCGACGGCAACAGACCAAAAUUCGUACCGGUUACAACGUUGGAAGACGUACAGGCUGUCCGAUGUGCGGAAUUUCACCCAGGAGGAGAACUGUAUGCUGUCGGUUCGAACUCGAAAACGCUUCGAAUAUGUGCCCAUCCGAAACUCACAGAUCUCAGGGAAGACCACGAAACUUACCAACCAACAGUGCUCUUCAAGCGAACCAAACACCACAAAGGUUCCAUCUACUGUUUGGCGUGGUCGCCUGUCGGUGACCUGAUGGCCACCGGAUCCAAUGACAAGACCGUCAAGUUGAUGCGGUUCAAUUCGGAGACCAACAAUUUGGAAGGCGACGAGAUCGAACUUACCAUGCACGAUGGCACCAUCAGGGAUUUGUGUUUCCUGGAGGAUACAUCGAAUAAGUCGAGUUUGUUGAUCAGUGGAGGUGCUGGAGAUUGUAAAAUAUACGUUACGGAUUGUGCUACUGGGACUCCGUUUCAGGCUCUCAGCGGUCAUACUGGUCAUAUUCUCUCCCUCUACACGUGGGGCGGUGCUAUGUUCGUUAGCGGUUCCCAUGACAAGACCGUCAGAUUCUGGGAUCUUAGAACCAGAGGUUGUGUUAAUGUUGUUACCCCGAUUACUGUACCCGGUACUCGCCAAGGUUCGCCAGUUUCGACCAUUUGCGUUGAUCCUUCGGGAAGGCUACUGGUUUCCGGACAUGAAGACAGUGGAUGCGUGUUGUACGAUAUUAGAGGAGGCAGGAACGUGCAAUGUUUCAAGCCGCAUUCUGCCGACGUUAGGUCUAUUAGAUUUUCUCCGUCUGCCUAUUACCUUUUAUCAGCUGGAUAUGAUAAUAAAUUGGUUUUGACCGACUUACAAGGAGACCUUACCCUGCCAUUACCAAGCGUCGUUGUAGCCCAGCAUCAAGACAAAGUGAUUUCCGGACGCUGGCAUCCUGGAGAAUUCUCAUUCUUAUCAACAUCCGCUGACAAAACAGCAACUCUGUGGGCCCUACCUCCAG